AUGUCUGGAGGAUGGAAAACGUUUGACAUGGAACCUACUGUAGUUAAAGGAAUUUCAAAUAUGAAGAAUUUAUCAUUUUUGUCCAUAAAUUAUGAUUGUACUGAUAAUAUACUUUUAUGCCUAUGUGAGCACUGUCCAAAUUUGAAAAGCAUUGACUUGUCUUCUUCGAAAUUGAUAAAUGAUGACAGUAUCGAUAUACUGAUAAAUUUGAAAAAAUUACGCUAUGUUCAGUUAUAUAGAACUUCAGUGACACUUGAAGGAUAUGUAAAUGUAUUACUGAAUCUUGAACACAUUGAAGACUUAGGGCGCUGCGAUGAAUUGGUUGUCCAUAUAGAUCUGAAAUCUGAUUUAUUGACGCCUGGGAAGAAAUAUUAUGAUCGCGUUAAAUGGUGCCUUUCUAACAAUUUACAGCCUAUGUCGGUUAUUUGGCUUGGAUUCCAAAUGAAAAAUCAAUUUGUCCAUCAUCCAUUAACUAAUUAUAGCGUGCAAGUUCCAAUACUUGAUAUAAGCUCAAAUGUGAAAUAUUGUACAAAUGCUGAAUUAUUAGAAUGGAUAGGAAUUCAUAGCAUAGGUGCUAGUUUAGACAUGGAAAACUAUGAUUACUUAUCAAGCUAUCAAAUUCCGGAACAGAAUACCACAUUUGGCCAAGUAUUGUAUUUAAAAGCUACAGGAUUUUACUCGGCAUCACAGGUUUUAGAAAUAUUUGAUGCAAUUAGAUCAUAUUCAUCAUCCCGUCCACAUUUGCCUUGGAUAUCAUUACAUGUUCAAGGCUUUCAUGAUAGCCCAGUAAGCUGGGGAUUAAAAGAACAUCAAUUUUACACAAGUGGGGAUAAUUCUUACACAAUCGUCAUCAAACCAGAUGACCAGUUUAUUUUACAGACAAUUAUAAGUUCAAAUAAAAGACCUAAGUAA